CUAUUUUAGAGCAAGAUAUACAUCACAAUUAGAGUUGGAUUUCUUAAUUUUUGUUCUAUAAUAUAGCUAUAGAACAAGAUUUACAGUACGAUUGGCCUUGCUCUAACUACCGAACACUAAUAUUAGAGGAUUCAUCUGGCCGAGCCUUUAAUUUGCUUCAAUCCUCUAAGAAGCCUUAAUAUAAGAAGCUCAGUUAAGAACUUCAAUCAACACAAAUUGAGGUAAUCCAAAGAAGUUUAGUUGAUAAUCCUUAAAUUGAUUACUGUUUCACAAUAAUUUGAGCCAUGCAACAGAUAUAUGUUUGAUCAUUUUAAGUAGCCAAGUCAAAAUCAAAAUACAGUUUGAACUUCUUACUCUAAAUUAAAUGAUUUAAUUUAUUAGAAGGUCUUAAGAAGCUAAAGUAUCUCUUAUAUCUGUUCGAACCUAGGGUCUGGUCCGUUUAAGUUCUUUGGUUAUCUGUGGCUGCAUAUUGAACUUUAGACAUCAUUUUAUGCACAAGAAUGUGAUCUAUCAAUUCCCUACAGUUAUAUGAUUAGAUAUUUUAUCCACUUUCAUAGUGUAGGGUGUAAAGACUGAAAAAGUUUGCCCAAAAGAUUAAAGAGCCAGAAGAAGCAUCAACUCCCGCUUCAGAUUUGCUUUUCCUAUGAUAGGAUCAUUGGAUUGGGUCCACCUCUAGCCACUUCCUUUUUAGAAGGAGAUGGAAAACGUGAUUUUGAAUGCUAGGAAGGAUGGUGAAGAUAAUGAUGAUUCGUUGCAUUUUUCGGACAAGAGUACUGAAUUAAUAGAAGACACGAUAGUUUUACCUGGACUGAUAAGCAGAGUAAAUCCAGAGCAUCUGAUUCUAUCAAAUAGUAAAAUUCCACGACAAAUAAUCAGUUUUGAUGAACAAUAUCUUCGCCGUUGCCUGGAAUUAAUAAAAGUAACUGCUCUGAGAACAACUCCAUGCAAUGUUCCUUUAGAUGUCAGUACUGUUUUCGGUCAGUUAAGUUCAAGAAAAAUUAGCAGUGGGAAUGCAUGCAAUUGGAAUAGUAAUGUUUAUGAAUGCCCUGCUACUAAGUUUGUUGGAAGCUCUGAUGGGGACUCAGUUCUUGGUGCAAUUACUAAGAGCAAAAGUAUGAUAAAUAUUCUAAAAAGCCCUUUGUUAUGUCAAAUGGGCUCUUCAGAUAGUAGUGUCAACUUUGAAAGAACAAAUUUAGUUGAUAUUGGUGAAACGAUACACAUUAAUAGUGUCACUUCUUCUGUUGGGUCAGAUGCAAAUUCAUCAGAGAAGCUACAGAAAGAAUCCCUUGUUCUAAGAGAUCACAUAUAUGGAUAUGAGCCUGCUCCUACCAGGCUGAGUUCUCUAUCAAGCACCAGUUCUGGCUGCUCUGAUCAGUCUUCUUCUGCCCUUGUGUCUCAAGGAAUGCUACAUUGUACCUGGAAUAAUGGGUUACCACAUUAUGUUUUCUCUAUAGAUGAUCAAAGGGAAUUCUAUACAGCAAAUUUAAUGAUGGCCGAGUCAGCAGACGGUAAGGUUUUGGAUUUUAUGUACAUGUUUCAUACAAGAUCUUUUGGCAAAAUGGAAGAUUUUAAACAUAACAAAGAGUCAGAUCUUGUUGGUAAGAUGAAGGUUACUACUUCGUUUACGCUCCUUCCUGGUAAUACAGAGAUUAAGGAGACACAGUUUGUUCUCUUUGGCAUUAAUGAUGAUUGUUCGGGCGAGAUGCGAACUCCAGGCCAUACUCUUAAAAAGAGCCUCUUUUCUAAGAACUUCUUUAAGGCAAAUCACACGCAUAAGUUAAAAAAUUCUUGCAAGUUGGGAGUUUCGAUAUCUAAACCGGAAAAUUCUUCUUCGAAACCUUGCCAAAGUUUAACUAGUAAUCUUGAACCUACAUCUGGAAUCAGUCUUUCGGAAGACCAUUUUUCUCCAAACCUCGAGAUGGCAGCCAUUGUUUUGAAAAGUCAAAUUUGUUGCCAUAAUAAGAAGGCUGAUCUAGGUGGGUGGGGAAUGAAAUUUCUUAAGAAACAUGGGAAUGCACAAACUGAUGCAUCUGUUGAGAAAGAAGCACCUUCUCGAAAUAAUCUACACGAGGAUGGUGAUUACUCAACUACUAUGGACAUUCUAAUCCCGGCAGGUUUCCAUGGCGGCCCUAGAACCAAUAAUGGUGGUCCUUCGAGUCUCACUGAAAGAUGGAAAUCUGGUGGGCACUGUGAUUGUGGCGGGUGGGAUGCGGGAUGCCCACUCACCAAACUAAAUGCUAGGUCAAUCGGUACGGAUGCUUUGUUACAGACUGAUGUUCAUUGGAAAAACAAGAUAUCUGAUUUCCUUGUUGAGGGGUCAAAGCAGGAUGUACCUACCAUGAAAAUGGUGAACAUACAUGAUAAUUUAUAUUGCCUAUCUUUCCAAUCUAAUCUAUCGGCUAUUCAAUCUUUUUCGAUUGCUACAGCUAUUAUUCAUGCUCAUAGUCCUACCAUUAAACCCAGCCCAUACAAGGUGAAAAUUACAGGAUUCGGGGAUUAGAUUAGGUCUGUGUAGUGGAGAUAGACUCUUUCUAAACUAUGACAGGAAGAUAGCUUAGUUCAUUAUACUCAAUUAGAAGAUAGGUUGUGUGGAUAUAUAUGUUUUGAUUUUCACUUAUUCACUUCAACCAAUAUUAGAAAGGUGACCCAACCUUAAUUUAGGUCAUAGUUGGUGCCUUUUCGAGCUCUUGUGAUUAUUUUCUUUUUGACUGAUUAUACGAGUUUUAUCAGACUAAAUAGGUGUAGAAUAUUAAUAUAUGCACUCUUUUUUAUAUA